AUGCCGUUGGUGAAGAGGACUAUCGAGCCCAGGCACCUGUGCCACACGGUGCUGCCGCGGGCCAUCAAGAACGAGCUGGAGUGUGUGACCAAUGUGUCCCUGGCUAACGUCAUCCGACAGCUCAGCAGCCUCAGUGAGUCACACACAAUGUCUGCACACAUACACACCUUAAUAAUACACACACACGGACACGCCGAAAACACGUUGUUGCACACGCAUGCUCACACACACUGUUCACACUCACACCUAAACAACACACUUCGUACCCACAUUUUUCUGUUAGGUAAGCACGUUUCUUCUUUUAUUAUGCUUGACUGUAUUACUGCAUUAUACUUAAGUGUGUGUAUUAAGUGUAUGUUCUCUGUGUGUGUGUGUUCUACAGGUAAGUACGCAGAGGAUCUGUUUGGGGAGCUGUUCAACGAGGCCCACUCCUUCUCCUUCCGGGUCAACUCCCUCCAGGAGCGCGUGGACCGCCUCUCUAUCAGCGUCACUCAGCUAGAUCCUAAAGAGGAGGAGCGUGAGUACCACACACCAUGUUUUACAUAUCUCAACCUAAAGAGGAGCGUGAGUACCACACACCAUGUUUUACAUAUCUCGACCUAAAGAGGAGUGUGAGUACAAACACACACACACCAGUGUCAAACACAAACACACAUAUAUGCAGGCAACCGUACUCUCACACUCAGACACUCUAUCCUCACACACUCCUUUCUCUAGCACUUCCACCACUAAUUAUUCCUUAUCAGGAUAAACCCAUUCCUGUGUGUGUGUGUGUGUGUGUGUGUGUGUUAAUGGCCUUAUUAGAGGAACAGGCCACAGUGAGACGGUGUCAUCUAUCAUCCCAGCAGCUCCAAAGAGCCACACUGUAUAAACCAAACCCUUCACACACACAGACACUCCCUCAUCCGCAGGCUCAAUAAGCCCUCAUUAUAGCCAUUCUAACCAGACGUCCACUGAUUCACUUAGCUCUGCCUCACACAAUGGCCUGUCUUUGUGAGCAAAUGAGAUAUCCAGAUAUAUGUGAUAUGUAAUAGUGGUUUAAUAAAAAGGAGAGGGAUAAUGCCCGGCUGUCAGUGGAGGGGCCUGGUUAGGGCUGUCAGGUAAAACAAGUUCUAGAGAGAGUGGAGUAGGGGGAGAGAGAGAGAGAUGGAGAGAGAGACAGAGAGAGAGGGGGAGAGAGAGAGAGGGACUUAGAGAGAAGGAGUGUAGUAGUAAACCAAUACCACGCUUCUGUUGCGCCAUAUCGAUUUCCCAUUGGCCAACAGGGUUUUUACAGCUUGGAUUAGAGAGGUAGAGGUAGAUAGAUAUAGUGCCUUCCGAAAGUAUUCAAAACCCAUGACUUUUUCCACAUUUUGUUGUGUUACAGCGUGAAUUUAAAAUGGAUUAAAUUGAGAUGUUUUUGUCACUGGCCUACACACAAUACCCCAUAAUGACGAAGUGAAAACAGAAAAGUUUGCAAAUGUAUUGACAAUGAAAUACAGUGAGGGAAAAAGGUAUUUGAUCCCCUGCUGAUUUUGUACGUUUGCCCACUGACAAAUAAAUUAUCAGUCUAUAAUUUUAAUGGUAGGUUUAUUUGAACAGUGAAAGACAGAAUAACAACAAAAAAAUCCAGAAAAACGCAUGUCAAAAAUGUUAUAAAUUGAUUUGCAUUUUAAUGAGGGAAAUAAGUAUUUGACCCCCUCUCAAUCAGAAAGAUUUCUGGCUCCCAGGUGUCUUUUAUACAGGUAACGAGCUGAGAUUAGGAGCACACUCUUAAAGGGAGUGCUCCAAAUCUCAGUUUGUUACCUGUAUAAAAGACACCUGUCCACAGAAGCAAUCAAUCAAUCAGAUUCCAAACUCUCCACCAUUGCCAAGACCAAAGAGCUCUCCAAGGAUGUCAGGGACAAGAUUGUAGACCUACACAAGGCUGCAAUGGGAUACAAGACCAUCGCCAAGCAGCUUGGUGAGAAGGUGACAACAGUUGGUCCGAUUAUUCGCAAAUGGAAGAAACACAAAAGACCUCUCAAUCUCCCUCGGCCUGGGGCUCCAUGCAAGAUCUCACCUCGUGGAGUUGCAAUGAUCAUGAGAACGGUGAGGAAUCAGCCCAGAACUACAUGGGAGGAUUUUGUCAAUGAGCUCAAGGCAGCUGGGACCAUAGUCACCAAGAAAACAAUUGGUAACACACUACGCCGUGAAGGACUGAAAUCCUGCAGUGCCUGCAAGGUCCCCCUGCUCAAGAAAGCACAUAUACAGGGCCGUCUGAAGUUUGCCAAUGAACAUCUGAAUGAUUCAGAGGAGAACUGGGUGAAAGUGUUGUGGUCAGAUGAGACCAAAAUCGAGCUCUUUGGCAUCAACUCAACUCGCCGUGUUUGGAGGAGGAGGAAUGCUGCCUAUGACCCCAAGAACACCAUCCCCACCGUCAAACAUGGAGGUGGAAACAUUAUGCUUUGGGGGUGUUUUUACUGCUAAGGGGACAGGACAACUUCACCGCAUCAAAGGGACGAUGGACGGGGCCAUGUACUGUCAAAUCUUGGGUGAGAACCUCCUUCCCUCAGCCAGGGCAUUGAAAAUGGGUCGUGGAUGGGUAUUCCAGCAUGACAAUGACCCAAAACACACGGCCAAGGCAACAAAGGAGUGGCUCAAGAAGAAGCACAUUAAGGUCCUGGAGUGGCCUAGCCAGUCUCCAGACCUUAAUCCCAUAGAAAAUCUGUGGAGGGAGCUGAAGUUCGAGUUGCCAAACGUCAGCCUCGAAACCUUAAUGACUUUGAGAAGAUCUGCAAAGAGGAGUGGGACAAAAUCCCUCCUUAGAUGUGUGCAAACAUGGUGGCCAACUACAAGAAACAUCUGACCUCUGUGAUUGCCAACAAGGGUUUUGCCACCAAGUACUAAGUCAUGUUUUGCAGAGGGGUCAAAUCCUUAUUUCCCUCAUUAAAAAGCAAAUCAAUUUAUAAAAUAUUUGACAUGCAUUUUUCUGGAUUUUUUUGUUUGUUAUUCUGUCUCUCACUGUUCAAAGUGUCAGUAGGCAAACGUACAAAAUCAGCAGGGGAUCAAAUACUUUUUUCCCUCACUGUACAAAAAUAUCUAAUUUACAUAAGUAUUCACACCCACAGUUUUUCUGGGUAAGUCUCUAAGAGCUUUGCACACCUGGAUUGUACAAGAUUUGCACAUUAUUCUUUUUAAAAUUCUUCAAGCUCUGUCAAGUUGGUUGUUGAUCAUUGCUAGACAGCCAGUUUCUUGCCAUAGAUUUUCUAACCGAUUUUAAGUCAAAACUAUAACAAGGCCACGCCGGAACAUUCAGUGUCGUCUUGGUAAGUAACUCCAAUGCAUAUUUGGCCUGGUGUUUUAGAUUAUUGUCCUGCUGAAAGGUGAAUUUGUCUCCCAGUGUUUGUUGGAAAGCAGACUGAACCAGGUUUUCCUCUAGGAUUUUGCCUCUGUUCUGUUUCUUUUUAUAUAUUAAAAACUCCCUAGACCUUGCCGAUGACAAGCAUACCCAUAACAUGAUGCAGCCACCACCAUGCUUGAAAAUAUGAAGAGUGGUAUCGCUUUGUAUUCAGGACAUAAAGUUAAUUUAUUUGCCACAUUUUUUGCAGUUUUACUUUAGUGCCUUAUUGCAAACAGGAUGCAUGUUUUGGAAUAUUUUUAUUCUGCACAGGCUUCAUUCUUUUUACUCUGUUAUUUAAGUUAGUAUUGUCAAGUAACUACAAUGUUGUUGAUCCAUCCUCAGUUUUCUCCUAUCACAGCCAUUCAACUCUGUAACUGUUUUAUAGUCACCAUUGGCCUCAUGGUGAAAUCCCUGAGUGGUUUCCUUCCUCUCCGGCAAUUGAGUUAGGAAGGAUACCUGUAUCUUUGUAGUGACUGGGUGUAUUGAGACACCAUCCAAAUUGUAAUUAAUAACUUCACCAUGCUCAAAGGGAUAUUCAAUGUCUGCUUUUUUUAUUUUUACCCAUCUACCAAUAGGGUACCCUUUGUGAGGCAUUGGAAAAUGUCCCUUGUCUUUGUGGUUGAAUCUGUGUUUGAAUUUCACUGCUCGACUGAGGGACCUUACAGAUAAUUGUAUGUGUGGGGUACAGAGAUGAGGUAGUCAUUCAAAAAUCAUAUUAAAAAUGAUCAUUGCAGACAGAGUGAGUCCAUGCAACUUAUUAUGUGACUUGUUAAGCAACAUUUUACUCCUGAACUUAUUUAGGCUUGCCAUAAAAAGGGGUUGAAUAUUUAUUGACUCAAAACAUUUCAGCUUUUCAUUUUUAAUUAAUUUGUAAACAUUUAUAAUAACAUCAUUCCACUUUGACAUUGAGUGUAGGCCAGUGACAAAAAUGUAAUCCAUUUAAUCCAUUUAAAAAUCAGGCUGUAACACAACAAAAUGUGGAAUUGUGGAAAAAGUCAAGGGGUGUGAAUACUUUCUGAAGGUACUGUAUACUAUACUGGACUGGGCUACCUCUGUACGUUAGCUCAACACAUUGGUACCCAGGCUAGGGGGGAGGGGGCUGUAGUAGAGUUUGUAACUUAGAAGUAAGAGGUAAUAAUGUUUAUUAGUUCACAUGAUCAAUACUUAAAGAUUUGAGCAUGGCAUGUAUCAGUGCUGUGUGUGGAGUUGUUGCCUUCUUGGAGUUAUUCUUGUAUUCACUUUUAGUUAUAUUAGUGUCCCACUUAGGUCCCUCACAACUUUCACACACACUCCUCCUUUUCUCCUCUUCCUCCAUUCUUCCACUGCAUCUUCAUCCCUCUCUUCCCCCUUCUCCACAUAUUUGUGCUAAUGUUAUGAUGGGUGUGAUUUAAUAGUCCAGUCUGCUAUAG